AUGUGUUUAGGUGUAUGUUCCGAUGACUAUGAUGACCAGAGGCCCCAGCGACAGCGACGGGACAGGGGUGAUUAUCCAUCACAUUUUGAACGUUCUCCACGUCGAGAAGCCACUCGUGCAGCUAAGAGCUACGGGUGGCCGCGCGACCAUAAUAUGAAUAGCCCCUAUAAUUACGGACAACCUGGAAAUAGAGACUCACACGUCGAGCCCAACCUUGCGGAAGCUUUCGUUGGUCUCCCGGGUAGCGACUUCCGUCGUGUAUACGACCCGGAUCGCUCUCGACAAUCCGACCGGGACCAGUACUAUAGCCAGCGUUCCCAGUACCAGUACCCCAGCCAGCCUAGCCACGCCGCCAUAUCAGAACACUCCCAGUUGAAGAAGGUCCCAGGCGGGAGAGUAGAAGUCCAUAAGGACAACCUGCACCGGUACAGAAGUAUGCAUGGGACCAUUCAUGGAGUGGUCCGUGAACAACCUAGGACGUCCGAGACCAUGACCAUGAACCCUAGUCGGCACCAACAGUCAUCCCGGGAUAUACGUCGGGGUUCUGUAGAUAGUAACGGGGUUAGCGACAUUUCUAGCGAAGACGACGAGGACGACAAUGAUAGGAGGAGACUUGCUUAUACCCCCUCGCCGUUAGCUCACAGGGGCAAUGACCUCUACUCCCGCACGGGAUAUGGCUAUGGACGCCAGGGCGCGUUCUAAGAGGAUGCCGCGCGCUUAAUUACUGUGAGUCUUCUGAAUAUAUCAUACAUAGAUAGUUCUCGGCUACGUAGAGAAGAUAUCACUACUACUAUACCCAGGCACGAGUAUCGAAAUAAG